AUGGUUCUAGGAAGGACGAAUCUUGUCCAGAGUAAAAAAUUGCAGAAUAGAAGAUUACGUGCUAUUAAACAUGAAAUCAGGCAUAAUUCAAAUAUAAGAAUUAAAGAAAUUCCUUCUACUUCGUAUCGGCUAAAUAGAUCUGAAGUUUGUUCUAAUGUCGACUUUCCUUCUUGCUCGUCGGCCGCAGAUGGUAUUGACACCACUCAAACAGUGGAUCAAAAGCCUAUAAAGCUCACGGAUGCCAGUCUUCAUAGUUUGACGACUGUAUGCGAUAGGUACGGAGUAUCAGACAGAGCUGCAGCGGCUAUCGUAUCAUCUGUUCUAUGUUCUGCUUCUGAUGCCGACUCUGAGGCACAGUCUACUAACGUUGUGGACAGGAUGAAACUAAGAGGAAUAAGACAGAAAGUACGCGAGCAAAUUUUAACAAAAGAAAGAGUUAAAGAAAUUCCUGCAUUAUAUUUCGAUGGAAGAAAAGACAAGACGGCUAAAACUGUAUUAAAAGGAUCAAAGAGGUUUAGAGUAAUUGUAAAAAAGGAACAUAUUUCGAUUAUAAAAGAACCAGGUUCUGCUUACGUUGGGUAUGUUGUUCCAGCAUCGGGCAGUGCAAGAAAUAUUGAAAGAGCUAUCCACAGCUUUUUGACGAUUGAAAAGAUAUCACUAGAGUAA